AUGGCAAUUGAUCUUAUGUAUGGUUGGUCUCCUAAACAGGGACUAUUAAAACUCACCUUGUGUUUUCUGUUAAAGAGAAAUGGGGCUCCUCUGACUGAUAAGCCACCCAAGCUUUUGUAUCCUAUGGAAAGUAAACUGACCAUUCAGGAGGCUCAGCUGGGAGACUCAGCUAAUCUAACCUGCAGAGCUUUCUUUGGAUACAGUGGAGAUGUCAGUCCUUUAAUUUAUUGGAUGAAAGGAGAAAAGUUUAUUGAAGAUCUGGAUGAAAAUCGAGUUUGGGAAAGUGACAUUAGAAUUCUCAAGGAGCAUCUUGGGGAACAGGAAGUUUCCAUCUCAUUAAUUGUGGAUUCUGUACAAGAAGGUGACUUGGGAAAUUACUCUUGUUAUGUUGAAAAUGGAAAUGGACGUCGGCAUGCCAGCAUUCUCCUUCACAAACGGGAGCUGAUGUACACAGUUGAACUUGCUGGAGGGCUAGGUGCUAUCCUUUUGCUGCUUGUUUGUUUGGUGACCAUCUACAAGUGUUACAAAAUAGAAAUCAUGCUCUUCUACAGGAAUCAUUUUGGGGCUGAGGAACUGGAUGGAGACAAUAAAGAUUAUGACGCAUACUUGUCCUACACCAAAGUGGAUCCUGACCAGUGGAAUCAAGAGACGGGGGAAGAAGAGCGCUUCGCUCUUGAAAUCCUACCUGACAUGCUUGAGAAGCACUAUGGAUAUAAGUUGUUUAUACCAGACAGAGAUUUAAUUCCAACUGGAACAUACAUUGAAGAUGUAGCAAGAUGUGUAGAUCAAAGCAAGCGGCUGAUUAUUGUCAUGACCCCAAAUUACGUAGUCAGAAGGGGCUGGAGCAUCUUUGAGCUGGAGACCAGACUUCGAAACAUGCUUGUGACUGGAGAAAUUAAAGUGAUACUAAUUGAAUGCAGUGAACUGCGAGGAAUUAUGAACUACCAGGAGGUGGAGGCCCUCAAGCACACCAUCAAGCUCCUGACGGUUAUUAAGUGGCAUGGACCAAAAUGCAACAAGUUGAACUCUAAGUUCUGGAAACGUUUACAAUAUGAAAUGCCUUUUAAGAGGAUAGAACCCAUUACACACGAGCAGGCUUUAGAUGUUAGCGAGCAGGGGCCUUUCGGGGAGCUGCAGACUGUCUCGGCCAUUUCCAUGGCUGCAGCCACCUCCACAGCUCUAGCCACUGCCCAUCCAGAUCUCCGUUCCAAUUUUCACAACACGUACCAUUCACAAAUGCGCCAGAAACACUACUACCGAAGCUAUGAGUAUGAUGUACCUCCUACUGGCACCCUGCCUCUUACCUCCAUAGGAAAUCAGCAUACCUAUUGCAACAUCCCUAUGACACUCAUCAAUGGGCAGCGGCCACAGACAAAAUCCAGCAGGGAGCAGAAUCCAGACGAGGCCCACACAAACAGUGCUAUCCUGCCGCUGUUGCCAAGGGAGACCAGUAUAUCCAGUGUGAUUUGGUGACAGAAAAGCAAGGGACAUCCUGUCCCUGGGAGCUUGAGUAGAGUCUGCAGUCCAGUGCCUGGAACUAAAUCCUCGACUGCUGCUGUUAAAAACAUGCAUUACAAUCUCUAGAACACGAGGAAAAACAGGGUCUUGUACAUAUGAUUUUUGCAGUUUCUUUGUAGCAUCGAUGUCUUGUUGUUUUACCACGUCUCUUACUCAUUACAUUUUUGACUUUGUUUUAUAUGUCACUGGAAUUUGUAAAUUUACAUUUUUUUAAAGAAGAGACUUAUGUGUAGAUAGAAAACCCUUUUUUGCUUCAUGAGUUUAGUUUUAGAAGGAGUUUCAUUUCCUUUUCUUGAUUUUGUUUUGCUUUUAACAUUUCCUUGGGGUGCUUGGACAAAUCCAUCUGAUGGGACAAGGAGCACCGGAUCCUCUCUUGGGUUCUACCUAGGAUCAGCAGGGCCACGCGGGCCUUCAGAGAGCAGUGCACCGACUGCCAGCAUUGCCAUUUGAGGGGAGAAAAACAAAGAAGAGAACACUUGCUCAUAGGAUGGCCCCGCCAAUCAGAGCCCUCAAUCUUUUCCUUGUCCCACCUCAUUUCCCACCUCUGCCCUUCUAAUGGCGGCAUGAUGUGUAAAUUCUGAGGAAGGGUGGGGGUGGGUCUAACUGUCUUAACAUUUAAUUCACUGCUGGUCAGAAUACACUCCAGACCCAAAAGUGUGCUAGUCACUUAACAGUGACCACUACAGCGUGCUAAGAAGAGAAGAUCAAGGGCAUGAAAAUGGGGGAAAGAGUGUUGUUUCCGUUUUUUAAAUGAGUUGAUGUACCCUUAUAUAAAUAUAUAAAUAUAUAUAAAUAUACAACAAAACAAACAAAAAACAAAAACAAAAAACAAAAAAACAAAAAACAUAAAAAAAGUAAGCCCUAUAUUUGAUCACUUCCUGGAAAGGCAUGAAUGUGUUUGUGGCUGUUUUUGUUUGAUAUUCUACUUCCUCUUUUCCCUCUGUAUUUUUUUCUGCAAAUGAGAUUAUGUGCAAAUGCCUGGCAAGUUAACUCAAAGGGGUGAAUCAAACAGAAGUCAAAAUGAAAUUUACAUUGAAGGCUUCCAAACCAAAGGGAAGAACAGGAUGUGUCAUCAAAUAUGUUUUGUCACCUUGUAUUAUACAAAAUGUUAUUUUCUAAAGAGUCAGAACAAAUCUGUGAAACUUAUUAUGGGGUUCUCUUGUAUUAAAUGUUAAUUCACUGUAUUUAAUUUUCAAUGCUACAUACAGAAUCCAGUGUUUGGUUUCAGUUUGUGAACAUAAGUAACACUUAUUAAUAUCCAAGUGUUUAAAUAAGAACUCAGGAGGUCAAAUAUAUGAAUAC